UCUGGACGUCCACAGCAGGGAGCCGCUGAGCUCACCAUGGCUUCCCCCGGGCUCACCCUCCUCUGCUUUCUGCUCGGACUUCAGGGAUCCCUGGCUGCAGUCUUCGUGACCCAGGAGGAAGCGCAUAGUGUCCUCCGCAGGCAGCGGCGUGCCAACUCCUUCCUGGAGGAGCUGCGGCCAGGCUCCCUGGAGAGGGAGUGCAAGGAGGAGCAGUGCUCCUUCGAGGAGGCCCGCGAGAUCUUCAGGAGCCCGGAGAGGACGGUUGUCCCCUCUGUCCCAGACAAGAACGCCCAACUCAUCUGUGUGAACGAGAACGGCGGCUGUGAGCAGUACUGCAGCGACCGCGAGGGGGACAAGCGCUCCUGCCGGUGCCACGAGGGCUACGCGCUGCAACCGGACGGAGUGUCCUGCAUGCCCACAGCCAAAUACCCAUGUGGAAAAAUACCCAUUUUGGAAAAAAAGAACGCCAGCAACCCCCAAGGCCGAAUUGUGGGGGGCAGGGUGUGCCCCAAAGGGGAGUGUCCAUGGCAGGCCGUGCUGUUGCUGAACAGGGCGCUGCUCUGUGGGGGCACCCUGCUGGACCCUAGCUGGGUGGUGUCCGCAGCCCACUGCUUUGACAAGAUCCGGAGCUGGAGGAACCUGUCCGUGGUGCUGGGCGAGCAUGACCUCAGUGAGGACGACGGGGACGAGCAGGCCCGGUGGGUGGUGCARGUCAUCAUUCCCGACAAGUACAUCGUGGGCAAGACUGACCAUGACAUCGCACUUAUCCGCCUGCACCAGCCUGUGACCCUCACUGACCACGUGGUGCCCCUCUGUCUGCCGGAGAGGGCCUUCUCGGAGAACACGCUGGCCAGCAUCCGCUUCUCGUGGGUCAGCGGCUGGGGCCAGCUGCUGGACCGUGGUGCCACGGCCCUGGAGCUCAUGGCCAUCGAGGUGCCCAGGCUGAUGACCCAGGACUGUCUGGAGCAAUCCAAGCAGAGGCCGGACUCCCCGGUGGUCACAGAGAACAUGUUCUGUGCCGGCUACCUGGAYGGCAGCAAGGACGCCUGCAAGGGGGACAGCGGGGGCCCCCAUGCCACACGCUACAGAGGCACGUGGUACCUGACGGGCGUGGUCAGCUGGGGAGAGGGCUGCGCUGCCACCGGCCAUGUCGGGGUGUACACCCGGGUCUCCCAAUACACGGAGUGGCUCAACAGGCUCAUGGACUCCAAGCCCCAGCUGGGCAUCCUGCGGCGAGCCCCCUUCCCCUAGCUCCCCGGGAAGCCCAGCCCUGCCCUGGGGACGCUGCUGCCACUGGCCCUGUGUGGAGCUGCCCUGCAUCGAGUCCCACCCUCCUCACGCUCUUGGUGCCAGGGAGAGAAAGGAAGAAGCCCAGAGAGCGAGGGAUUGUCAGGAGAGGCAGGUGGCCAGCCCAGGGUGCCGGGCAGUCCUGAAGGAGGACUGCGGAAGGCCUGGCCUCCCCGCCUGGCCCCCCCCAGCACCCCGUCUGUGCGUGCCCUGCCUCUGAGACUGCACAGCUGUGUACAUGUGUGUACACACGGCGGGGGCCGCUCUGAGGGCUGUGGCUC